CUCACUGAGGUAGUCUUCCUUCAGUGUGCCUGUAGAUGUGCUCGGAGCACCGGAUUAUCCAGACCGCAGAACGCGCUCCCGACGCGUCACAUCCUCACCAAAGCGCAUGAAAGAAACCGAGCAAAGAGAGAAGAAAACAGCGACAUUCACCCGUUCCCGGUCGACAGUUCUGGAAACAUGCCGAAGCACGUGGAGGUCAGAAUGCAUGAAAGCCACCUGGAGCCCAUUGAGGCGAGGCCGAGCUCCAAGUUUGCCACAAUAUGCCAGAAGCUGCGCAAGAACCUGCUGCUCACACUGACUGUAAUGGGUGUGAUUUUGGGAGCGGUGUUCGGUAUGCUGCUGCGUGUCGCUUCUCCGAUCGAUGACAACAUCGUCAUGGUCAUUGCCUUCCCUGGAGAUAUUCUAAUGAGGAUGCUGAAAAUGCUCAUCCUUCCCUUAAUCAUCUCCAGCUUAAUCACAGGUCUGGCUGGUCUGGAUGCAAAGUCAAGUGGUCGUCUGGGUUCCAGAGCCAUGAUCUAUUACAUGAGCACUACUGUCAUUGCUGCUGUGCUGGGCGUGAUCCUGGUGCUCCUCAUCCACCCUGGAAAUCCCAAACUCAAGGAGAAUCUCGGAGAAGGAGCGAAGAAUGAUGAGGUUUCCAGUCUGGAUGCCUUUUUUGACCUAAUCAGAAACCUCUUCCCUGAGAACUUGGUUCAGUCUUGCUUCCAGCAGAUCCAGACCGUUGUGAAGAAGAUAGAAGUUCAACCUGACCUCGAUGACACCAACAGCACUAUGUCUGACUAUCUCUCUAACGCCACCAAGCCACCGCCCAUUAUCAUAGUCAAGAAAUCUCUAGAGUUCAAGAGUGGAAUGAAUGUGCUGGGUCUAAUUGGAUUCUUCAUUGCCUUUGGGAUUUGCAUGGGCAAGAUGGGAGACAGAGCUAGGCUUAUGAUUGAGUUCUUCAACAUUCUCAAUGAGAUUGUGAUGAAGCUUGUCAUCAUGAUUAUGUGGUACUCACCCUUUGGCAUUGCCUGCUUGAUCUGUGGAAAGAUCAUCUCUAUUAAAGACCUGGAGGUGGUGGCCAGGCAGCUGGGGAUGUACAUGGUGACGGUUAUUAUUGGUCUGAUAAUCCAUGGUGCCAUAUUCCUGCCAGCCAUCUACUUUGCAAUUGUGAGGAAAAACCCCUUCACAUUCUUCAUGGGAAUCUUCCAGGCCUGGAUCACGGCUCUGGGCACAGCUUCUAGUGCUGGCACUCUGCCUGUAACUUUCCGUUGUCUUGAAGAAAACCUUGGUAUUGACAAGAGAGUUACACGGUUUGUGCUUCCAGUUGGAGCAACGAUUAACAUGGACGGAACAGCCCUCUAUGAGGCUGUAGCUGCCAUUUUUAUUGCCCAGAUGAACGGAAUUUAUCUAGAUCCUGGUCAGAUCGUCACUGUCAGUCUUACAGCAACACUUGCCAGUAUUGGAGCGGCGAGUAUCCCCAGUGCUGGACUGGUCACUAUGUUACUCAUCCUAACAGCCGUCGGCCUUCCUACUCAAGACAUCAGUCUGCUGGUGGCUGUGGACUGGCUUCUGGAUCGUUUCCGUACCUCAGUUAAUGUGGUUGGAGACUCAUAUGGUGCUGGCAUCGUCUACCACUUGUCCAAGGCAGAGCUGGACGCUCUGGACGCCCAACAUGGGAAAACUGAUGACAUAGAGUUGAUGACCAAGACCCCAUCCUACUAUGAUGACCUCAAAAACCAUCAUGAAAACAACUCCAACCAGUGCGUCCAUGCUGCUCAAAAUUCAGUCUUAGUAGAUGAUUGCAAGGUAACCUUGGCAGCCACAAACGGCUCAACUGCGGAGUGCACGCUUGUUGAGGAAGAACCGUGGAAAAACAAUUAAUGCAAGCACACAGACCCCGGCACCCAAAAUGAGAGAAAAACCAACCUAUAUUCAUGCACAUAGAACAAAUGGGUUUUGUAGUUUAUUCCUAUGGUUUCUAUUCUUUUCUAACAUGUUUAACGAUGCAUAUGUUCUCAUGUAACACAAGAAUGUGAGGCCAAAAGCUCACACAUGCAGCUGAGGCAGUUAGGGAAAUUAUUUGUGAUGCUAAUAAAUAUAUACAUACACUUCCAAACCUAUGAAUUUUGAGGAGAAGGGGUGAAAAAUGAGGGUUUUUAGAGGGAAAACAAAGAUUCUUGCAGAGCCACUGCUGUUUCUAUGAGAAUAUGACAGAAACCUGAGCCACCUUGCACAACACUGUAGCACGUCUUUGUCCGAACAGAUCUUAAGCCACUUCUCAAAAGGGUAAUAUGGUGUUGCUAGGAAACAACAGUAGGGACGGAGACAGCACACAGAUGGAGCGUAAAGCACAAGCGGCGUUAUUUUGAGCCCCUCCUCAUCUGCCUCGCUCACGGGGGAGGGGUCUGUUGAGGAACGGAUGAGAGGGUGUUGCUCGUAUGGAUGUUGGUGAGUCUGUGGCACGAUAGCACAAAAACCUUUCAGGCACAUCGCCAUUAUAUUUACCAUUCAGGUCAUACGAGAGCCCCUUGCAUCACGAAAUACACUGAAAUAUGCAAUGCACACCUUUUGUUUAGUUCAUUUUAAAGCACAAAUUUGUCUAUUUAUGUUGUACAACCAAAACCAGGCCUGAACAUGUGUCAGUCAUACAACGAACAUACAGAUGAUGUCACCUGUGUGAAAAACCAUGAAUUGACAAUGAAAAUGACGUGGCUAUUUGUCUAUAAUUUGGUGUGGUGGUUGGCAUCAUUAACAAUGCUCUUUAGAUUAACAUGUCAAGCACAACCCAUCUAAAAUAUCUACAUGCCUUUGUCCAGAUACUCCCAUUUGUAUUCUAUAUUUCGGCGGUUUUUCCUUCCACUGAUGAGAUAAACUCAGGCAGAUCAAAUAUAAUAAUUUUGUCCAGGAAAAAGUUUGUCAGGGAAAAAAAAAAACAUUCCUAAUGCAGACAGAGAUGAUUUGUAUGACGGCCCUGUUAGCAUGCUGGAGAGAAUUUUUUACCUGUUUUUAUAGUCCGAGUAAGUUUACACGUUUCUAAAUACCUAAUGCCUUCGUCUUUCACUGCUGACGUUACACUUUUUAUUAUAGUUAUCUUUUUUUACGCCCCUUUUAAAUGAGCUGAAGUUCUUACCUCAAAGAGACAUUGCCAAGGCUAUUGUAACUAUUUUUAAGCAAUUUUGUUUUUGAGCUUUGAAAAAACAAACAACUGAAAUAACUACAAGAGCAAGUAGUAUUACAACAGAAGAGUUUAAUCGUAAUAAAAGGAGGAUUUUAUAACUGCACUGUUAUAAACACUACCUCUGGAUGUACCAUCCUCUUAUCCAUCUCUGACAGUGUCCUUCCCUCAUUUGCAAACGACAGUUUCUAAGCCCCGCCAUGCUGCAAAACCACUAGCAGAGACACACAACCUUCCACCACUUCCUGUCAGACUGACCAAUCAACAGAACACUUCCUGUCAGACUGACCAAUCAACAAAACACUUCCUGUCAGACUGACCAAUCAACAGAACACUUCCUGUCAGACUGACCAAUCAACAAAACACUUCCUGUCAGACCGACCAAUCAACAAAACACUUCCUGUCAGACCGACCAAUCAACAGAACACUUCCUGUCAGACUGACCAAUCAACGGAACUCGUCCACAUACCUCACUACGCCAGUCAGAGAUUCCUACAAAAUAAAAAUAUCUUUAAAGUGAGUGAUAAAUCCAGACACACAUUCCGUUUUCCCUGUGUGUGAUAUUUAUCAGAAGAUCCUAAAAGUAUAUAUAAUAUAAUUUGCGUAUUUUACAAAGCUAAACACAGAUUUGGAUAGAACUGUACCCCUAAUAUAUUUCUAAUAAGUUUAAGACAUCUCGCCAAGACGAUCCAGUGUUAUAACCUUUGCCAAGAGAAUAAAUGCCAUAUGAACACAAGUAUAUAGUGUGUGGAAUCAUAAUGUGAAUUUUAAAUGUUGUGAGUGUUGCCCGUUAAUAAGGCGGACAUCUUGACUCUUGGGAUUGUUUGGUCAUUGAGCGUUGAGCCACUGUUGUGUUAUCUCACUGUUAGAUGCAUGGACAUUUAGUGUUUCUGCACCAGUUUCUUAAAAAGCAUGAGUUGUAAAGUGCCUCCCUGCACUUAGUGUAUAUAUUGAAGGCAGGGGCGUCGCUGGGACGAGUGCGGGGCCCUGAUCUAUCUCAGCGUUCCCCCUCAUACUCUCAUGGGCAAACUGAGCAACCCAAGCCCACUGAAGUGUACUAUACUGGGGCCGAGACAACCAGCGGCGCCACUGACAUCGCUACGUUAUUUUUCAGUCAUAGAAAUAUUGAGAUAGUGUUUAAUUGAUGUGACAGUUUUAAUUGAAGUGUUUUGUAAUACUGUAGAGAAAUAUACCCUCUUUGUGCUGCAUAAGAUAAAAUACUAUAGUGAAAUGUAUAGAGACGUAUAUGAGUUUAAUUCAGACUAGCUCUCUCAGCAGAUUCAUAUCCAUUAUUAUAUCUGAUCUAUGUUUGGAAUGUUUUUCCCUACUUAAAUUUAUGUGUCCCUGCUUUUCUAUGUAAGAGAUUAAAUUUAAAUCUAACAUCAGACUCAAAAAAAGGAUAUUUGUAUAUUAUAUAUAGCAUCUCAAAAUAGUCCAACUAUAUUUUUGAAGAUGGUAUACAAUAAUCAUGUGAUAGUCUUAUAUACUGUUAUAUGUACAUCAAUAAUAUGCUGAGAUAUGAUCUUGAUGAUAUGAAGCACUCUGUAUUAUUAAGUCAUCCACGGUAAACUUCAUUUCUCGGUUUCAUGCUGUCUCUUCUGUCUUGCACUUUCCAGUGUUUCUUUUCUGAUAUAUUUUGUACACGCACACAGACACACAAAGAAAUUUACUGGCACAAUUUUCAUUUGAAACAUUAUUUCUAGAAUAACCCAGAUUUAUUAUUCUUACUUAAUCGAAUACGUCUGAAACCAUCAUUAGUCGAUGGUUUACCUUUCUUACAUUGAUCUUAUAUGUAAAACCCAUCAGUUCUGCUCCACUUUUCUCUCAUCCUUUUCGUGAUGUGAUUUGUUUUUGUAUGUAAAGGGAGGGGAAACUAGUCAAGAAGGAAAGUGGUCAAAUAAAUGAUUUCCUGUGUCAUAGCUGUGAAAUAAAAAUGUGUUCUUGCAUAUCAAUAUGUGUUGUACCAUUGGUGUACAUACAGUUAUUAUAACUAAUAAAUGUUGAUUCAUAACUAA